AUGGGCUCAUCUUCUUCAAAGAGUGCAUACUCAGCCAACAACACAGGUGGUGCAUCAGUCGCUGCAUAUGAAUUAUCAAGUGCUCUGACUGAUACCUUGAGCGAGAUCAACCUGAAUGGUAGCUUGAAGGAGCAACUUCGGCAGCUGCUUGAACGUCUAGAUCAAGAGGCAGCCAAGUAUACCAACUCCAAGGUCAACGAUGACGAAUCAAUAGAAUGGAACCCGUCUCAAUCUGAGGUCCAGCUCAUAUCCGCGGCCUGGAAGUGUGCUCGUGGGACUUAUGACCUCGAGGGCACCAUGGCUGAUACCGGUUACUGCACGUUUCGCCGUGAUCAAGUAGUGGACAGCUCUUUCGCCGGGACCGUCAAACUCAUUACAUCGACUGUCAUCGAGGCGAAGGCAGGCUCGCCGACGACUGAUUCGUCGCCGGUUCUGGUGCUAGCAAUACGCGGAAGUGCCAGUAAGAUGGACCACAUUGUUAAUGCCAACGCUCAGCCCAGGACGACUGAAAGUUUUAUUGGGUGUUUAGAGGACCUUGAAGCCCAUUCUGGCUUCUUGAAUAGUGCACGAGCUCUGGAAUCCAUUGUCACAAAUCUAAUCAACAAGUACCUGGAGUCUUUACCUGAGAUGAGUAAGAAGAAACCGCAUCUUCUUUUUACAGGGCAUUCCGCCGGCGGAGCUGUAUCACAAUUACUGUAUCUUCGCAAUAUGUCUAACCAAAAUCUAAACCAGUCUGCGAGAUUUUCCUGCGUCACAUUUGGCGCACCUCCUUGCUUGACCCAGCACGUUGAUCCUGGAAUAUUUCAGCCAAGUAGCGGAACUGUAUGCGUCAACGUUAUCAACGAGUUCGACGUGGUCACUCGAGCCGACAAACCGUACAUCUUAUCUCUGGUAGAUGUCGCCAGAGCAAUGCUAGACUUGCCACCAAAGGCAGCCAUUUCCGAGCAUGAAACAAGCAAAGAGAUAGUCAGCGCUGCUUUAGAAACUACUAGAGAUGAAAAUCGCCGUCUUUCAGACGAUUCUGAAGACUUUCCUCUCAAAGAACCAAAAUUUUGGCGCUUUCCUCAGCCUUUCUACCACCACGUCGGACCUAGAGUUAUUCUGCUGACACGAUUCGUCGACAAUCAGAUGAAUCUCAAAGCAGUUGAAAUAAAGAUUCUACGACGAAAGGAUUGA